AUGCUUUCAAAUGGCAAGAGGCCUUCAGAAAUCAAAACCAGUGAGAAAAAAUGCUUCAAUUGUUUGAAGCAUGGUCAUAUAGUUGAACAAUGCCCACAAAGGACGCGUGGAAAGCGAAUCCAUGAGGACCAAGAACGAAAGGAGAUCCUAGCAGAAGAUGGGAUUUCAAGCACCAUCAAAAAAGCGCGGAGCAUGGGAGUACGAGAAGUGACACCAUUGGUUGGAAGGAGGUCACGAUGGGCAAGGAUUUCACAGACCCGUGUACCCGCUUUGCUGGAUACAGGUUCAAUGAUAAGCAUAAUACCUGUAGGAGUGGAGGAUUGGCUAGAGCAAAAGACAGAGGUUUACGAUGUAGAUAGCCUUGAGUCAUUAAACCGGAGACGGUGUGCAAGUAUAUGA